UGCUGUAAGAGUGUUAAUGCUUAAUACUAUAAUUUGAGAUUGUGAUUGACGAAAACAAACGUAACUAGAUUCUGAAAUAUCCAGAGUCGUAUUGGGUAACUCUGGCCGCUGGCACAAAGUUUCUUAGUAUUUUGCGUAUUUCUAAGACGUUUUUCAUCGGAUAAGCAUGCUGUUGAAUAGGAAGAUAGAAGUAACAGUUCUCUACAGUCAGUAGGCUCUAUAAUCUUAAAUAUUUUGAUGUAACUUUACACAUUGUGGUAAUGAAUUUUAUUUUUAUUAACGGAUACUGGCGUGCAGAUGUGAUUAAGGUAAGUACCUAGCACCACGCAAAAUAUGAUAUCUCUGGCGUACAUAUAAUACAAUAAUCAAUGAUUAUCAAACUUAAAUAUUCUGUAUAAUGUUUUGCAGUAUUAAAUAAGUAAAAUCAACUAGAUAUCGUAUUUUGCGUGGUGCUAGGUACUUACCCCGGCCGGUUUGAAGGUCCCUGUCUCCUUUUGAAUGCUGCUCGGAAAGGAAGAAGGAGUUUUGUGAGACUUUUACAUCAGUGGAUAGAGAACUGUUACUUCUAUCUUCAUAUUCAAUAGCACGCUUAUUCGAUUAAAAGCGCCUUAGAAAUACGCAAAAUACUAAGAAACUUUGUGCAAGCGGUCGGAAUUACCCCCAUACGACUUAUAAUAACAAUCUCCAAAAAAACAAAAGUAAAUGCAGCAACAAUAAGGCAUGGUUUCUUGAAAACUCAACAAACUUAUUAUAAGGUAGCAACCAAUCUUAUGAAGAUUUUCGUACAAUUUUUCCAUUCUUUGUUACUAAUAUUUUCGAAAAGUGUACAAUUUUCUUUCUUUUUUCACUUGGUUUAUUUGAAAAUUAAAAUAAGAAAUGGUUCAGAGAUUUGAUGCCAUUAUUAGUAAGUACAAACAAUAAAUAAUUGAUGAUAUAGCAUGAGAUAUUUCUGUCGUUUUUCUAGUUGGUUUUGGGAAAGGUGGAAAAACUUUAGCCGUAUUUUUAGCUAAACAAGCUCAAAGUGUAGCAAUGAUUGAAAAAUCCAAACAUAUGUAUGGUGGAACUUGUAUUAAUAUAGCGUGUAUUCCAUCAAAAUCACUUGAAUAUUAUGCAAAACAAUCAAAAAAUCAACAUUUUAAAAAUUACGAGGAACAAAAUCAAUUUUAUCAAAAUUCAAUAAAACAAAAAAAUAGUUUAACAUCAAAAUUAAGAGCUAAAAAUUAUGAAAAUUUAAAUGUACAUAAAACAAUAAAAAUUUUUAAUGGUAUAGCCUCAUUUUUAUCAUCAACAGAAAUUAAAAUUAGAACAGAUGAAAAUGGUCAAAUAAAUGAAACAAUAAUUCAAGGUGAUAAAAUAUUUAUUAAUACAGGUACAUUACCUAAUAUUCCUAAAAAUAUUUCUAAUAUUAAACAAAAUAAAUAUAUUUAUACAAGUACAACAUUAAUGGAAUUAAAAUCAUUACCGAAAACAUUAAUAAUUAUUGGUGGUGGAUAUAUUGGAUUAGAAUUUGCAUCAAUUUAUACAAAUUUUGGUAGUAAAGUAACAAUAUUUGAAUCAGGAUCAAUAUUUUUAUCACAUGAAGAUGAAGAUAUAUCAAAAGUUGUGUAUGAUACAUUAACGAAAAGAGGUAUUCAUAUAAUAAUGAAUGUAAAAAUAGAAAAUAUAAAUUUAAAUAAAAUAAUUUAUAGAUGUGAAUCAACAGAAAAUAAAACACAAGAAGCUGAUGCUAUUCUUGUUGCUAUUGGUCGUCAUGCAAAUAUUGAUGAAUUAAAUCUUGAUAAAAUUGGUAUAAAAAUAACAAAAAAUAAUUUUAUUCAAGUUAAUGAAAAAUUAGAGACAACAACAAAAAAUAUUUGGGCUAUUGGUGAUGUCAAUGGAGGACCACAGUUUACCUAUAUAUCAUUAGACGAUUAUAGAAUUAUUCGUGAUCAAUUAUUAACAAAUAAUAAACAACAGACAACAAAUAGUAAUAAUAAUAAUAAUAAUAAUACAUUGACAACACGUAAAUAUAUACCCUAUUCGAUUUAUAUUGAUCCAGAAUUAUCACGUAUUGGUUUAACAGAAAAAGAAGCAAUAAAAGCAGGAUAUGAAUUGAAAAUAUUUAAAAAACUAACAUUAACUAUACCACGUGCACAUCAAAUAGAGGAAUUAGAUGGUCUAGUUAAAAUUAUUGUUGAUAGUAAAACAAAUUUAAUAAUAGGAGCAAGUUUAUAUUGUUCAUAUUCAAGUGAAGUGAUUAACAUUAUAAGAUUAGCUAUGCUGACAAAUCAAUCAUACAUAUUUCUAAGAGAUUUUAUUUAUACUCAUCCAUCAAUGUCAGAAAUGUUUAAUGAUUUAUUAUCAGAAUCUCUAUGA